AUGGCCGACUUUGUAGAGCAAUUGGUUGAGAAAUUCAAGGUGUUUCAGGCUUCACAUGAGUUUGACAAAGAAGCUCUUGUAGAAGCACAUGAGAAAACUUGCAAUGGUAUCCGCCAGAUGGAAUCAAUGCGAGGGUAUACCACAAUGGGGUUUUCAAUGCGGAAACAGUCGGAGCAUUGGCGGCCAUCAGUCCCACUGAAAGGACUGCGGCCCAUUCGAGCAAGGGAGCUUCAAAUUGAUAAGCAUCAUAAAGGCUGUGUUCUCUUCGGAACGCUGUGUGCUGAUGCUUUCAUGAUGGUGGGCAUUGUGACUAUCUUGGAAGACCAGUUUGGAGAUGCUGUUCGACUUGCAAUAUACAAUACUUCAAGCAAUCAAAGUCCGAGCAGUCUUUAUCCCAAAGGCUCAAAGGUUGCAGUCAAACAGCCGUACUUCAAGCAAGGCGCCCAGGAUGGUGUGCUCAUGCUGCGCGUUGAUAAUCCUCAAAACGUUGAGAUUUUGGCUUCCUUUCCAGGAAAUGAAGAAACUUCAUUGGCUAAGAGUUUUCUUGAAUUGCGCAAUAAAGGCAACAAGUGCUUCCGGGAUGAGGAUUGGAACAAGGCUAUUGACUAUUAUUCCAGAUGCAUAGAUUUGGCUCUCUCGCUCAACAUCCAGGAGAAAGUGCCCUCUGAUUCCAACAUCCAGGAGAAAGUGAAGGAGGCUCUUGUGUAUUCUUAUUCUAAUAGGGCAGAGGCAAAGUUGAGGUUGAAGAAGUAUGGGGAUGCUGUGCAAGACUGUGACAAGGCGUUAGCCCUUGAUCAGAAGCACCUCAAAUCCUUGUUUCGCAAAGGCCUUGCUUUUCAUUAUCUCAGAGAAUAUAAGUUAGCUUGUCAAUGCUUUGAUAGAGCUCUGGAGCAGUCCCCAACAGCAAACGACAUCCAGUUGCACUAUGAAAAAUCAAAGGAACUCAGCUAUCAGAACCAGCAAGGUAAGUUCGAUCUCUCUGCCUAUUUCAUAAACGGUUCUAAUGCGCCUGAGUUGAGCAGUUAUAUUGGUCCCGUUCUGAUUAAAAAAUCAGUAGGGCGCGGCAGAGGAUUGUUUGUAACUGAUGAUGUAGAUAUUGGAGAUUUUCUGCUCGUUGAGAAUGCCAUUGCCUUCAGAAGAAACGAGAGAAAAAGCUUGGAAGGAAGCUUCGAGAAAGUCAUGCGUGGUGUGAUGGACGUGGAGAAAAAACUUGGUCAUCUUAAACGGGAUUUAGAGGCUGAAAUCAUUUUCUGUGCAGCGUCAUCUCCGAGGAUAAUGCAGCAGCUAGAGUACCUUGCUGAUUUGGAUGAAAUGAAGGUGCCACCCAUGGAUCUAUUCCGGAUAAAUAAUGGCAGCUGGAAUAACUACGAUGUUCCCAAUCCAGGUUGGGAGUUAGACCAGCAUAAACUUGCAAAGCUAAUGCAAAAUGUGGGGUGCCAAAUACAGACUAUUGAAUCAAAUAGUGAGAUGAAUAGACAAAAUGAGCAAUAUGGUGUGUGGGCACUUCCCUCUUUCAUCAAUCAUUCCUGUUUUCCCAACGCCAAUUGCAUUGUUGUGGGAGAAGCCAUGUUUGUUAUAGCUGCAAGAAAAAUUGUAGCUGGAGAAGAAAUAACAAUCCCUUACUUUGACAGUCUUCUGCCGUUGUUCGCACGAGAAUCGGCAUUCAGAGGAAUGAGAUUUAAGUGUGAGUGUAAGCGGUGUAUGUUAGAAAGAUCGUUAGUAGCAGCCGAAGCAUCACCGUUGCAAGAAAUUGCUAAACUCGUUUACCCCUUAGACACCAUGAUCUCUGAUCUUGAGUUGUGGAAAAUUGCUAUGCAAGUGGAAAACACCAUAGAUGUCCUGACCACAGAAGAAAAGCAGAUGAUAAGGGCAUCUUUUUUCCCUCUUUAUUACAAUAUUUUUGGGUUGCAGCGGAUUCAUCCUUAUGCCAGGACAACUUUGCCUUCUUUGAGGGAAGUAUUCGAUGGCUUUCAAGAGGUUGUUCCAGGGAAUUGUAUAUGCUUUGAGUUGUUUGCACAGUUUCUCGUUUAUGCCAAGAACCAAGCUGAAACAGACAAAGUUCUUUUUCAGAAGGUACUGGAAGUAUGCACAGCGUAUAUGGGAAAGCACGAAGAACGCCUUGUAAAAGCUGUAUUGAACUCUGUUCAAACAGGCAUCUUCAAACCGGGACUUACUGUGUUCGGUUUGACUGAGGUCAACAGCUAA